AUGCCAAUUCAAUAUGAAUUAGAAGUCUCACAAUGGAUAACUAUUGCAUCAAAACCAAAUUUUCAAAAGAUAUCUUUCCUUUUUUCAUUUAUAUGCAAAUUGAUGAAAUGGAAUACCUACAAAACAAUACAUCCCCACAAAUAUAAAUCCCAUGAGGUGCAUAGGGGACUAACACCGUUCUUUCAAGUGUUCUUGAGAAUGGAAGUUCCACAUACUAUGCUUCACAAGGAAAAGGGAGAUAAUUCUUCAAUAUGGAUGGAUGAGGAGAUGUUAAACACCACAUCUAUAUUUGCAUUCGAGGAUGUGGAAGUCGGCUCGAAAAAUACCACGAAAGACAUUUUUGCAAAUGAGGAGGACUUCUCAGGCCACCCCUUAUCUUGCUGGUGUUACCAAUAUUCUAACCACUGGAGGGUUCUGGCGGCAGAAGCCUAUACUAUUUUGGUUAGUCGGGGCACGCCUACUCCAACAUAG